GAGCUCGCUGUAUAGACCAGGCUGGCUUCUAACACACAGGUCUGUAUAAUACCAGCAACUUCCGAGGCUGGACAGGAGUAUCACAAAUUCGAGGUCAGCUUGGUCUAUAUACCGAUAUCCUAUCUCAAAAAAAAAUUAAGCUAAUUUUAAAAAAAUGAGUCAAUAAAUGCCUACCUUACUGAGAGUCCCGUCCGCUAAGAAGGAAUCGUUCAGUAGAGGUGGAAGCUGGUUGAAUUUAGGAAGGGAGGGAUUCCACUCCCAUCAGCUUUGGAGAUUCUGUAAUCUGGAACAAGGUGUUCCUUGAAGAUUAAAAAUAAAAAAGGGAAAAAAGCGAAAGAUCUUUUCCAGUAUGCUGUUUCCAACAUCUUGGCGGGCAGGACACGGACCCAUAGGACCCGUGUACAACGAGGCCUCCCUGUCCAGGAUCCCGCUUAGCUUUCACCAACUGCAGUCUGUACCCCUCGGGUCUCGGAAACAGUCACUGCGGUCAGAGGCGAAAGGCAAGCACAGGGUCCGAGCCUGAGCUUUGAAUGAAGGCAGAGAGCCCGACAGCCGCUGGACCCGCAUGACUCCAGUUCCGGCCUCGACAGCCGAGAUUCUGCGGGAGGAGGAUCGGCUCAUCAAAACUGCGCCACAGAAUCACAAAUCUUUACUAGCCCGGAACCUGGAAGCACUAAAGGCGGGUGUUUCCGUUAUGUCACUUCCGCUUCCUGUUUCUAGCCUUAAAUCGGUCCAGGGCUCGCGUUCGAGCUGGAAGUUGUGUCGUCGAUAAGUUCGAGGGGAUUAGAGCUCCAGCCACAAUGAUUGAGGUGGUUUGCAACGACCGUCUAGGAAAGAAAGUCCGCGUCAAGUGCAACACCGAUGACACCAUCGGGGACUUGAAGAAACUGAUAGCGGCCCAAACUGGCACCCGUUGGAAUAAGAUCGUUCUUAAAAAGUGGUACACGAUUUUUAAGGACCACGUGUCUCUGGGAGAUUAUGAAAUCCAUGAUGGGAUGAACCUGGAGCUUUAUUACCAAUAGACGGGAAUUCCUUCUCCUUGUCUACCCUGCCUUCCUCUCCCACCCUCGUUUGACACUGGUAUAGAUGCCCAUUUUUAAUGAUUCACAUGAAUAAAAACUUCAAUGCUGA